CGAUUCUGUUGCUUUACGGCGAUUCCCACUCAGCCUGAAUAUAGCCGAUACGAGAUCCCGACGCCAGACCUCAACUGACUAGACGCGUCCAGUGCCAGCCAAGCCCCGAUUCCAUGGCUUCCAAAUUCCCGCGCGCGCUGAUAGCGCGGAUGCAGCGCGUUCGUGGCCUUGUUCCCGGUGCCUAUAUCACCAAGAUCCCGCGGCAGCUCAUUCCUCCUCACGUGCAAGCUCCGGCUCUGGCUCCGGCAUUCUUCUCAACGAAGCCGCACCCCGAUCCCACAGCUCCGCUCCCAGCCGCUGCAAUGCAGAACACGGAGGCACGAUCACGUCCCAGAGACGAGCCUGAGUUCACGCGCAGGCUUGUCGCGUCCCCACUCGGCGAUGCCCACACAAUCAAGGACGCCCUCGAUCUGUACAAGCUCAACGACUGGGGCUUUGUCCUGUUCCCUUGCACCUACCGAUCUCAGGAGAAGUGGGACAAGUUUGCCGCCCUUGCUCGAGGGCACGCCCGCGACUGCUUCGAGAAGGCCGGGCUGAUGGACGCCUACGCUUGCAUGCGCUGGACCGUCUUCGAGGACCGGCCGCGGUCGACGGCGCUGACAUGGUCGAGACGAGCCGCCGGUUCGUCGACUGGGUGGAACGGGGGCCGGGCGGCCGGGAGCUCAGUGUGUUCUCGCCAUACCCUCCUGACACGCCGAGGCACGGUUGCUUCUUGCACGUCGACGAGGAGAGCCUGGAGAGCGUAGUAGACGACGUGAGGGCGAGGGAGAAGGGCGGAUACUUUUGUAUGGUGGUGAGGGCGGACCAUGUGAUCUUAAGCGGGAUAGAGGGUCGAGGGAAGGGUGAGUAUUUCUUGGAGGGGCGGAGACUGGAGGAGGACGGAAUGGACGAGAUGAACAAGCGCGUCAAGAUCGAUGACCUAAUUGGUUUGU